AUGUCCAAACCCCCACACGGGAUACCCAAAAAACACAGAACAAUAACCAUCAUCCACCCAGACCUUGGCAUUGGUGGCGCAGAACGACUUAUCCUCGAUGUCGCCCUGGCCCUCCAAACUCGGGGUCACACCGUAAGAAUCUACACGUCGCACCUGGAUACACACCAUUGCUUUGAGGAGGCACGCGAUGGUACACUGGACGUCCGGGCGCGUGGGAACACGAUAUUUCCGGACCAGAUUGCCGGGAGGUUUCGGGUGUUGUUUGCGGUCCUGAGGCAGCUGCAUUUGGUGUUUGGUUUGAUGGUAGCUGGGGGUGAGGGAUAUGAAGACGGACAUGAGGAAGGGAGGGAGGUGGUGUUUAUUUGCGACCAGGUGCCGGCGUGUGUGCCAAUUCUGAAGACUUUUGAGUUACUGGCGUCAUCGACGUGGUUGGGUUCAAAGGCUGUGACGAAGCGAAGGCAACGGAUUUUAUUCUACUGUCAUUUUCCGGAUCAAUUGCUUGCGCGGCGCGAUGAGGGUGGGCCUAUACAGCGGCUGGUCAAGGCGUGCUAUCGGUACCCAUUUGAUUGGUUUGAAGGGUGGGCAAUCAGUGCGGCCGAUAAGGUCGUAGCGAAUUCGAAGUUUACGUGUGGAGUUGUCAGGCAGGUUUUUGGGGAGGAACUGGGGGAGGUUAGAGUUUUGUAUCCAUGCGUUGAUACCGGAGGGGGUGGGAAGGAGAAUGGGAGGGGCAUAAAAAUAAAAGGAGAGAGGGCUGAAGUGGGCGAACUGUGGAGUGGAAAAAAGAUCCUACUCAGUAUCAAUCGAUUUGAGAGGAAGAAAAAUAUUGCACUUGCGAUUCGGGCUUAUCACGGACUUGGGGAGGAGGGAAGAGAAGGGACGCGGUUGGUAAUUGCUGGUGGAUAUGAUAAUCGCGUACAAGAGAAUGUUCAAUAUCAUACAGAGCUCGAUGACAUAGCCAAAGGCCUGAGCUUACGAACUGCCACGUCGAAAACGGUUAUAUCCGCCCUAUCUAUUCCAGAUACGAUAGAUGUCCUCUUCCUCCUUUCUGUGCCGUCCGCGUUCAAGCAUACUCUCCUUUCAGCAGCCACACUCCUCGUCUAUACCCCAUCAUAUGAACAUUUUGGCAUAGUGCCUGUGGAGGCAAUGCAUGCCGGCCUCCCCGUCCUGGCUGUAAACAACGGAGGGCCUCUGGAAACGAUUGUAGAAGGGAAAACGGGCUGGCUGAGAGAUGCUCGUGCCAUCGAAGAGUGGACAGCAGUGAUGCGGAAAGCGCUAUGGGAAAUGGAUGCACAAGAAGCUGCUGUAAUCAGCACUAAUGCGAAAGAACGUGUGGAAAAGGUUUUCUCGCUGCAGGCCAUGGGAGAUCGGUUAGAGGACGAGAUUCAAGACAUGUUCGAUAACGAACCUCGUUCCUUCAAAGGGCUGCGUGAUUUAUUGUUGUUGGCAUUUGCCAUGGUGACGUUGAUUGUUGCCGUGCUGCUUGCAGUUUUCAUAAAUUUGUCAAAAUCCGGAGGUUGA